UGCGUGCCUUCUCCUCCCGAGAGGCGUGCCGCCGUGUGCGCCAGCUCGAUGUCGGCUAUGGAGUUUCGCUUGACGGGGUACUUUCUUUUCUUGUUUGCGGGCAUGGCUCGCGCCUCUCUGACGCUCAGCCCUUCUACGUGCCACGAACUCCUACUAUGCGGCGGCCUUCAUCGGCCGGGCUUUCAUAUUCGGCUGACCUUCAUGUUACCGGAAAACAAAGGCGCGUACAUCUCCCGUUUCACAGCUCGUGUGACCGAGCGAGGUAUUCGAAAUAGGCCCACGUUUCACUGAGAGUGAUACGGCCACGUGAAUUUUGCUGGCAGUGCCACGCUUGCUGAGGCCGUCGCAGGUUCUGAAAAGAAAAUGAACUACUCAAACGGCACGAUCGCUCAACCACCGACGUUGUGUGAGGAGCACUGUGAUCUGCCUUCGGCGCCGGUCUUCAAACACUCGUCUCUCGUCCGAGUAGUCGUACUGUGCGUGAUCGGCGCCCUGUCUCUCGCGGGCAACUCAGCAACGCUGGCUUCAAUUUGGACGCAUCGACGUCGGCCUUCUUCGCUCUACAUGCUGCUCGCCCACCUUUCUGUGGCCGACCUCCUGGUGACGUUCUUCUGCGUGUUGGCGGAAGCCGUCUGGACGUGGACGGUGCAGUGGGUGGCCGGCGACCCGGUCUGCAAACUUAUCAAGUUCCUGCAGGUAUUCGCGCUCUACCUGUCGACCUUCAUACUGGUGGUGAUUGCAUUCGACCGCUUCGCCGCCGUGCGCUUUCCCAUGCGCCGUGCCAGCGCCCGGCGCACUGCCGCUCGCAUGGUGUAUCUCGCAUGGUCCACAGCAGCACUGCUCAGCUUACCUCAGGUCAAGUGCCAGAACAGCUCUGGUGUCUCUGGAGACCCUGCCAAUGAUCUUGUGUUUUAA